UGUCACAGUUAAAGUAAUACACAGGGAUAUAAAUUAACACUCGCCCAGUCGCCCAGUGUGACAAGAUUUGAAGCUGGUCGAGUCAAUUUUCCAAAAUAUUCGCCCAGCCGGCGAAUGGCUUUGGAUUCUAUUAAUGUCAAUAUUCUGGGUUUUUCCGAGACUGUCUUAUUAAUAUGCACUACGUCACUUAAAUCGACCAAUCAAAAUUACCGAUAUAUACUACGACCAAUCGGAAUACGCGGAUCAUUUACUCCGUCACUAACAAUGGCUGCGCCCGUAGAAAUACAAGACUAGAAAGUAGAGGUUUAUUGAAGGUUGUUAAAGAGCUUAGAAUGGUCGGUCGCGGCGUCAAAAGGAAAUAUUAUCAGGAUUAUUUAAAGACCUAAAGGCCAAUGAGGACUUUAAUGAAACAUGGGCUGUUAAUAGACUGCGGCUGCAUAGAACACCGACCGAAACAUGAGACACGCAGAUGUGAAAUAUGGCCACUUCAGUGAAGAGUAAUUUAGCACUAAGUCUAUCUUACAUACGAGAUCCUGCAGCCAAGGUACGAGAACUGUGCAAUCAUGCAAGUCAAGUGGAAGCAGAACCUGCUGUGCCAGCACGGCGGUACCUACGAUCUGGUCUUGAAAUGUUGAGAAUGGCCAAGGUCUAUAAAGACGAAGGAGAAUAUGAAAGUGCAUUCAUAUUAUACAUGAAGUUUAUCACAUUAUUUGUGGAGAAGCUGCCAAGGCAUCCUGGAUACAAGGAAGCUCCACAGAAUGAAGUAGCCAAUAUCAGACAGAAAGUGAAGCAGGUGUUUCCUGUAGCUGAAGAACUGAAAGGCAAAUUGACUGUCAAGUAUACUGAACAAGAGAAACAAAGGGCAGAAGAAGAAAGGAAAAAAGCAGAAGAGAUUGCACGAGAACAGGAAAAAAUACGUGCAGAAGAGGAAAGACAAAGAAAGGAGGAAGAGGAAAGAAGCAGAAAACUACGAGAACAGUCAGAGGAAUUAUGGUUACAAGAACAAGAAGAGAAAUUCCGCCAACUUCAAGAACGUGAAAAGGAAAAGCAGAAAGAUAAAGACAGAAGGGAUCCAAAUAUUUUAAUCGAUGACACGGGAGAAAACAGACCAUCAUCGGGAUUGAAUAAUGAAAGAGGAAGCGUGCCAUCCGGAAGCUUGAGUUUUGUACCAAAUGAUCUACGUCAAGGUCAGCGACCGAAAUUAGAGAAAAAUUUGUCACAGGAUUACACGCCUAAUAUACCUGACAGGCCUGAAAUUGACAGAUCUACUAAACCUCCACAGGACCAAUUUGGGAUAACUGAUGGUUUUGGAGAAAACAAAUAUGGCUUGAAGAAUGUUUUAGUUCCGAGAGAUAUUGUUACAAAGUUUAUGAAUAUUGCGGAACAAAAUACAAGGAGAAAUGUGGAAACUUGUGGCAUUUUAUCAGGAAAAAUGGAUCAUGGAGUGUUCUUUAUUACCCAUGUGUUGGUACCGAAGCAGACGGGUACGUCCGACAGUUGUAAUGCAGAAAACGAAGAGGACUUGUUUGAAUUUCAAGACAGCAAUGACUUGCUAUCCCUAGGCUGGAUUCAUACCCAUCCAACCCAAACAGCAUUUUUAUCAAGUGUAGAUCUACACACACAUUAUCCUUACCAACAACUGAUGCCAGAGGCUGUCGCUAUUGUGGUCUCACCAAAGUUUAAUGAAACGGGUGUUUUCAUGUUGACACCAGAUCGUGGUCUACCAGAAGUUGCCAGAUGUAGUAAGAGGGGCCACCAUGAACACACAAAACAUCCACCUGUGUUUGAGACUUGUUCCCAUGCAAGAUUUGUAGAUGAUAGAAAUGUUAUUCUAGUUGAUCUGAGGUCAAAAUAACAGCUAGUUUGGCAGAAUAGGUUUAUACAAGGUGUUGACAAGGAAACAAACCUAUAUAUAUAUAUAUAUAUAUAUAUAUAUAUAUAUAUAUAUAUAUAUAUAUAUAUAUAUAUAUAUAUAUAUAUAAAGACAAUUACUGGAAGUAGAAGUUUCGGGAAGCUACCACCAUGUAACAGAGGCUUGUGAGAAAACAGUGAAGCAUAACUCCAACAUAACUGCAACAUAGAUUAAAAUUAAAUUGAUUUUAAUUUUGACUAAAAAUUCUCCACUGAUUCGAUAAUCUGUGUUUUUGAGCUGUUCCAUACUUUCUAUGGUUCAUACAAUUUUAACUUUUAUAUCAACUUUUAAUGUGUAACCCAACAAAAUUUCCAACUGUCAUUACAGGUCUACUACAUAAAGUAUCUUGUAAGUGCUUAUUGAAUACUUUAUUGGUAUCCAUGUAAUGCUCCUUUUACUAAACAUCACUUAGGUACAAUGAAACAAAAACAUAAGUUGUUAGAGCUGACCAAGUCCCAAUCCAUGACUCUAGUUACCUCCCCUGACGGUCCGUCAAAAAAAUACAUCAAAAGAGAACUAAAGUUUGGGGGAAUCAGAGGUAUUAUUCAGAGGACAGUAAUAUAUCUGACUUGUACCAAUGCAUCUAUAUGCAUUACUUAUAUCUACACUGAAAUUGAAAAUAAACAGCAAUACUUGUUUCAAAAGCCAGGACAGGAAUUUUUUUUUUUUUUUGAAACUUGGAAAAAUCUCGGGCUUCACGUGUAUAAUUUUCAGUUUUCUAACUUAAGUGCAUAUUUUUCAACAUCUAAACUUACAGUUUAUCUUAUCAAAAAUAUUUAUUAAAUGGCAUCAGAAACAUAUUUUCAUAAUAUAUUUCUUCAAGUUUUGACUUUAGCACAGCAAGAUUUAGUAUCGACUUACAGUAGUCCAGUCAAUAGCACAAACUAUAGAUCAGUGAUUUCUAAAUAUGUAAUCAUGUAAUAGUUUCCAACAGAGGUCAAGUCAGUGUGCUUACAGUUCCAUAAUGCUUUCUGUAUACUUUAAAAAAAACCCAGCAUAUCCUGAUAAAGAAAGUUAAUUCCUGAAGUAAUAACGAAUAUCAAAGGGAGGCAAUAACUCAUUAAACUGAUGUAAAAAUUGCAAACAGAACUGUAUGUCUUCAGAAAAACUUGAAGUCAGCGACUUGAACCACUUGGCCAAGGAGGCCUUUUAUAUAUAUAUUUGGGUAUAUAUAUAUAUAUGUGACAUUCUCUGUAAACUGUGGCUUUGGCAUUCUCUAGUAUGAACAAAAAGCCAGGUAUAAAUCUGAACCACAAUAUCUUAUGAAAGUACAGAAACAUCAUACAAAAGGCCUCCAUGGCCAAGUGGUUCAAGUCGCUGACUUCAAAUCAUUUGCCCCUCAUCAGUAUGUGUUCAAGCCUCACUUCGGUCGUAAAAUUCUUCAUGAAAGGAAGCUAUCCAGCUGGCUUAUAGAAGGUCAGUGGUUCCGCCCAGACACUGGAGGAGUACCUUGUGUCUUCCUCCACCAUCAAAUGCUGGAAAGUCACCAUAUGACGUAUAACUGUAUCAGUGUGAUGUUAAACCAAACAAAAAAACAAAAAUAAAGAAACUCCAUACAAGAAUAUGUAAUUGCACGGAAAUUACUAAAUGCCGUUACAGGUCCACUACCUUAAGAAAACAAUUAUUUAUCCACUUAUUUCUUUCUACUGUCAUUGACAAGAUUGAUGAUGACGGAACAUUUUUAUAAGCUUUAUAAUUUUGUUUAGAUACAAUCAUUCAAACUGUACAUGAGAACAAAUACUAUAUAUUAUGCUGUUGGAAAAUACAUCUUUAGCUCGCCUGAUUGUUGAAAAAAAAUCUACGAGUUAUUGUCGUCACUUUAUUUGUCGGAGUCGGCAUUGGUUGAAAUUUUUGUUUAGGUCCACCUUUUCUCAAAAACUAUAUGAGCUACAGCUUUGAAACUUUGCACACUUGUUUAUCAUCAUUAGGUGACUAUGUAGGCCAAGAACCAUAGCUCUGAUUUGCAUUUUUGUCAGAAUUAUGGCCCUUUUUGCACUUGGAAAAUUUGAUUUUCUUGGUUAAAAUUUUGUUUAGGUCCACUUUUCCCCAAAACUAUAAGAGCUACAGCUUUGAAACUUUGCACACUUGUUUAUCAUCAUCAGAUGAGUAAGUAGAUUAAGAACUAUAACUCUAACCUGCAUUUUAUCUGAAUGGCCCUUUUCGUUCUUAGAAAAACUUGAAUUUCUUGGUUAAAAUUUUUGUUUAGAUCCACUUAACUUGAAUACUAUAAGAACACUAGCUUUGAAACUUCGCAGACUUGUUUAUCAACCUUAGAUGAGUAUGUAGGCCAAGAGCCAUAAGUCUGAUUUGCAUUCAGUCAGAAUAAUGGCCCUUUAUAUACUUAGAAAAUUUGAAUUUCUUUUUAUUUAGGUCCACUUUUUUAAUUCUAUAAGAGCUAUAAUUUUAAAAGUUUGUACACUUGUUAAUUAUCAUUACAUUAGUAUGUAGGUCAAGAACUAUUACUCUCUUGCAUUUUGUCAGGAUUAUGGACCUUUUUAACUUAAUCAGUAUUUCUUGGUUGUUUUUUGUUUAAUUUCACUUUUUUUUGAAUACUUACAGUAGCUUUGAAACUUCAUAUUGUUUUUUUGUCAUCAAUUAAGAUGAGUAAGAAGGCCAAGAACCAUAACAUUUUUCUUACAUAUUGUCCAGCACCUGCAGAUGAGCAAUGGCAGCCGCAGGCGGUGCUGUUGUUAUUUCAUUGUGUCGCAAACUCGCAAAAUGAUGUUAUGUGAUCAGUAUUGUUCCAAGCUGCUUAAGUAAAUUUGUUGUUUAAACAGGUGUAAAUAUUUUACUCUAGUCAUUCUCUAACUUUAAAUGUAAAUUGUUAUAUCAUGUGAUGCCAACUCCAUAAUUUAGAUACCAUAACAGCUAGAUAUCAUUUGUGUCAUUGCCACAGUAGUGUUAAUGUCAGCCUUCCAUAAUAAUUGUUGUCUUUCAGUUUCAGUCAGUGUAUAUAAUUGAUGGCUGAAUAGUUACAAUCACUAGCUUCAAAUCACUUGCACCUCGCCGAGAUUGGUUCGAGCAUCACUGAGGGCGUUGAAUUCUUCAUGUGAGGAAGCCAUCUAGCUGGCUUACAGAAGGUCGGUGGUUCUACCUAGGUGCCUGCCCAUGAUAAAAUAAUGCACAGAGGUGCAUCUGAGAAUUUCCUCCUUCGUCAAAAGCUGAAAAAUCACCAUAUGACCUUUAAUUGUUCUUCUCUGAUAGCGUGUGUGUCUGUUCGUCAUAUUUCUUGUCCAGAGCGUAACAUAAUAACCAUUCAAUAGAUUCACUUUAAAGUAGCAUAUAAGUAGGUGGCAAUGACAUGAUGUGUAGAGUGCAUGGACCAGGUCUGUAGGCCGCAGGUCACAGCAAGGUCAAAUUUGUCCGUCAUAUUUUGUGCCCAGAGCAUAACUAAAGUAUAGACUUCCAACUUGGCAUGUAGGUAGGUAACAAUGAUACGAUGUGCAGAGUGCAUGAACUUGGUCAGAGGUCAAGAUCACGUGUUAAAAAUUGUUGAUUACAUUUUUUUCCAGAGCACAGCUUCAAAACUUUUCAAGGUAUUGACAUUAAACAUGGAAUUAAGGUGUGUGAUAAAAUGAUUUGUUUAGUGCAACAGUCUACUUAACUGUCCCCAAACCCAACUCCCACACACCAGUAUUAACACCCCUUCCCCCCAAAAUCACUCAUUUUCUUGUGCCAUAGUAUUCACUGCUGCACAGAACCCCCCCCCACCCACACCCAUCUUUAAAUUAUAUAUCCUCCUCCUCAGAUCUAGAACUUGGGGUCCUAGUAUAUUGCCCUGCUUUCUCAAGCUCUUGUGCUUUCCCUGUAUCAGGACAGAGUCUGAAAGUAUAAAAUCGCCUUAAUGAUAGCUCUAGUUGUCUUUUUGUGUUUGACUUAAUAUGUUGUUUUUGCAAGGAGGCAUCUGAAAAGAUGGGUUUUUUUAACGUGAAAAACUGUUAAAAGAGACUACCCGGUAGUGCCUGGUGUUGGUGUUUUUAUCUCGACUGGUGAUAAUUUUAAAGUUUGAACUAAUGAUUUUCUGUUGAAACGUGUUGAUUAUGUUUGUGAUGAAUGUUGGCAUUAUUUGAUCUUGUUGCUUGUAUUAUUUGAAUUUUGUUAGUGGAGAAGCAAAACUUGUGCAUGUGCUAUAGUAAACCUUAAAUAUUGUUUUCUACAAGUGAUGUAAAGUUUAACUUUUUUGUUGGGAAAAUAUUGAGAAUUAUAGCUUCUUUUUACAAACUCGUUUUAUUUGUAUUUUUAUAUACAUACAUAAAGCAUAAAACAUAUUAUGUUCAGAUUUGAAUUCCUUUUCAUGUUAGAAAACUCUAUACUUACUUGGUACAUUUACAGCAUGAUUUUUAGUAUAUAUAUACAUGUGAGCUAUAACAUAAAAUACAUGUAAAUGAUUAAAGCAUU